AUGGAUUUGGAUGCUUUUAAUCGCUCUGAGUGGAACGAUUCUCCACAGCCUCAUACAGUUUAUUCAAGUAAUCAUUCUACAGGACAUCCGAGAAUGACUUCUGAGGGAUGUCCAGAAAUACCAUCUCCUAAUUCAUCAUCAGGAAGCUCAGUGGAUUCAAGCACAGAUGGAUGUACAGAAGAAAACAUGGGAUCUGAAAUGAGUGAGAAUCCUGGACAACCUGAAACAAAUUCUAAUCAGAUACCGGUCAGUGCACCAGAUAGUUUCUCCGACCACAGUCUGAACAAUUUAACUGCUCCAUUUUCAAGCCAACAAGGUUAUACAAACCCAGUGAACACGAAUCAAGGAUCUGUAUACCCGAUGUUGAACGGUUUUCCUACUCCGAUUUCAUCUCAGUCGAAUGAAUUUUCUGUCUCUUCCAGUGUUUAUGGGUUUGCUGACACAGCUCCACUCGAAGAUAUAAUAAAACCAACAUUAACACCUAAAGAAGAUUUCUGUGUUGAACAUGACUGUGAACGUUUAAAGGGUGCUCUGGAUCGAUUAAAUAUAGUAGAAAAAGAAAUCGUUGAAGUAAUGGGUCGUCGACCUGUUGUUCAACGUAUAGCAAUUCUACAAACAUAUAAAUCUCUGUAUAAGGACAAUUUGUUCGCCAUAUUUAAUUCUAAAUUAACUGGAUAUUUAAAAGAUUGUUUGAUUGCGUUGUGCUAUACACCAGCAGAAUUUGAUGCAAUAGAACUUCAUAGAGCAAUGAGAGGAACUGAUACUGAUGAAGAUACAAUAGUUGAAAUUCUUUGUACAAAAACAAAUGAACAAAUCAGAAGAAUUAAGGAUGUUUAUCCAAAAUUAUUCGAUGGAUGUGAUUUGAUGAAUGAUGUAAACAAUCAGAUUACACAUCCAUUCAAACGUAUAUUCAUGACUCUAUUAAAGGCGGAUAGAGAUGAAUUUACAUUUGUAGAUAGAAAUAUUGUACAAAGAGAUGUGGAAGAAUUAUCUAAUACAAUACAACAAAACAUUAGAAUAGAUGAAUCAAAAUUCAUUCUUAUAUUGGCUUCAAGAUCUUAUGCUCACCUACGAGUUGUAUUCAAUGAAUAUAUACGAAUUAGUAAACAUACCAUGGAAGAUACUUUAAAGCUCAGAAUGCGUGGAAAUGCACUCAGUGCUCUACUUUCUAUAGUUCGGUGUAUACAAAAUAAACCACGAUAUUUUGCAGAAAAAUUGUUCAAAGCCAUGCAAUGUGCUGAAACAGCUGAUAAAGCACUUAUACGUAUUGUUGUCAGUCGUUGUGAAAUCGAUAUGAAAAAUAUCAUGAAAGAGUUUUAUAAAAUAACAGGAAACACUUUGGAUGAAUGCAUAGAUUUUAAUAUUUGGUCUUUGGGAAACGAACCAACAAAUCUAUUUAUCGAUCGAACUUUAUGGAAUGAAACACCAAGUAAUUAUCGUCGGCUUUUACUGAAGCUUAUCAGGGGAUAA